CCCAUAACAUUUGGCUUUUUUCAUAUCCACAUUUUCCACUUAUGCUAAAAUAUCCUUUGCAAUUAACCGAUCGAUUCUUCCUCUUCAGAGAGCACGAACCCUAGCUACAGAUCGAUUUACUCCGUCUGCAUACUCUGUCGCCUUACUACGCCUGGCCGCCUUACUCCUUCUUCUCGCUAGGUAUUCCUCUUGAGCGGAUGACAUAGUGCAGUGGACUCUCGACGGACAUAUCAGGAAUCAGCAGAGGCGAUAUCUUCUCAAGAAACAAUAGCAGACCAAACACUUCUCCUACUCAUCGGCGGAGCGCUGCUGCCAGAUUCGAACUGAAGGAGCGUCUUGAUGGCUAGCAGAGCCAUAUCCGCUGCAGCGACAUCAAUGGAGACAUGUGUACCCAUCCAACUGAUACUGAGCCGUCUCCGAUGUCGUCUAUCUAAGAAACGGCCUGCAGAGGAACAUAACAUGAAUUCGAAUCUGCGAUGGUAGCAGAUUCGUAAGGCCUUUGUUAAUACUCUGCGAUCUAGGAACGAAUUGGAAGCUGUGUUCAGACGGAAUAUUGGAAGAAAAUUAAGUUCGUUAUGCUUUCCAUAUUUUGUGUGUCUGGCGAAGAAUAGAAGCUAGCAUUUCCAGAAAUUUGUUUGUCAGACGAAGAAGGCUUCACAAAUUGUCCAGGUUGAUUGUUUUUCACUUCAUUCCAUUGCAAUAAUGUGUUAAAUAUGGCUAAACCAUACUUGAUGUGCAGAGAAUUGAUCGUCAGUUUUGGAUUGGUUUAUUAAUGGAAGUUUCUUUAAUUGCGGUUUUGCUAUUCUUCUGUCUUUUAGGCUUCAGCCUAGGGCUUUCUGCUUCUCUAUGUCUUUGUUUUGUUUGUUUUAGAAGCUCUGUAAUAGAUUUCUCUUUUCCCCUUAUCUCCAUUGUUAUGUUGUUUUUUAAUUUGAGAACUGAAACAGUGUUUGUUUGCUAAUGUGGUGUUAGUUGAUAUUAUAAAAUGGGAAAUGAAAUUGCCAUUAGUCUCUUAAGAUUUAUAGUUUUCUCGAGUCACAUUAGAUUAAGGUGACUUUCUGCCUUUGUAAACCUGGAAAUAUUUUAAUCUACUAUGCAUACACAUACUCCUUUCCUACCUUUGUUUAAUUCCAUAGCUUGUGUGUUGAAAUAAUGCUUAGUCCUUACUCAUUUUUGGGUGUUUUUUCUUUUUCUUUUGGGAGUUGUCGUGAAUAAUUGAAUACCUCUUGUGAUCUUCUUCCCAUUUUUGCCUUUUGAAUUAUCUUGAAAUGAUUGCAUACUAGAUCUAUUUAUCCUAAUCUAUAUAUUGAUAGUUUAGUUUUAUCUAUUUUCUAUAGUGGAAGUUAAGGUCAAAUAAGUUGCGAUUAAGGAACUGUAGUUCUUUGUUACUUUGAGGUGGAAGUGUAGGUUUUAAAAAUAGAAUUACGUUUUUGUACUUUUGAUUUAUACAAAAUCUUUGAUACAUCCUUUGGUGAAGGUGUUUCGGUCUUCCAGAUUCACUAGACACUUCCACGCUUCAGGCUAUGAGCUUCCGAGUGGAUUCCUAGGUUUCAAUUCAGCAGUCCAGCAGUCCAGGUAAAGGCAUCUUCUCCACUCUCCAGCAGUCCAGAUUGCACCGAUGUAGCUGAUGGAAAAUGCAAGUGUGCUACUGGAUUGCAGCUACCUGGUAUCAUAGAUGAAUUAUUCUCCUACACUGGUCCACUUGGUGCUGUUUUUUCAUGUCAAGCAAUUUCUCUUUACCUCUGGGCACCAUCUGCAACAGUACAGACUAUUCAUUUUUUGUCUUUCCCCAUGUUUUUUACAUUGCUUUUGUCACUCUUUAUUAUGGAGUACUAUGCAUACGAAAGUCUCUGUCUAUCAUCACACUACCUUGCGGAUUGAGAAACCACUAACUUGUGAUCCGUACUCAAGAGGGUAUACUGGUGUCUUUGUUUAAUAAGUGUGUUGAUAUAUAUGUUAAAACUGUUAUCAAUUUUCUUAUACUGUCUUGUUACAUUGUUAGUUGAUCUUGAGUGUGAUUAUUUAAAGCCUGAAGGAUGGGAUAAUCUGGGGAAUGAGAAACCAGAUGUGCUUUCCACAUCUGACAUCAGUAUUUACGAAUUGCAAAUACGGGAUUUUAGUGUCAAUGACCAUACUGUGCAUUCUGAUUUCCGAGGUGGUUAUCUUGCCUUCAAUUUGCAGGACUCAGCUGGUGUCCAUCUUAAGAGAUUGUCCGCUGCUGGAGAUGUACAUGGUCUGGUCGCACCAAAACAAGAGGGCCAGUCUUAAGAAAAAGCCUUAUUCUCAGGAAUAAGUAUAAGUGUAUAACAAGGGAUUCAGUGCAACUGCUAAUGUUUCCUAGUGGCGUUGGCAGUAUAAGAAUGAUGGCUUCAUUUUGUGUAGAAGAAAAUGUGAUGUCUACAUAUAAGAAGAAUGUGAACGCCUUGUGAAGCAUGGUGUAAAAGUUGGAUUAGUCAGCGUUUUGUUCUUUUGUGAUAUUUAUUGUUUUGGGGAUGCCCCUAUGAAUUAUGUACUAUGUACAUUCACAUUUAUGUGAGAAUUUGAGAUAUAAAUAAAAAACUUUGAUAUUAUGGUU